AUGGCAUCUUCCUCCGUCCACCAAGAUUCUUGGCUCAGUCCUAACUUUGCCACCCCAAUCCCAACCGCCUUCGACAAUCACGAGAUCCCACGUUCCAUCUCUCCUCUCUCAUUAUCUCAUAAUUUCUAUUCUCCAGCUGCUCUGCAAAGAUCUCCUCUCUAUCCAAGCCCCAGGCUAGCUACAGGUCUCACGAAAAUAAGAUACAAAGACAGCAAAUACAGCAAAAAGGAAAUGGUAUAUCGAGCUAUCGAUGACAAGAUUGAUCUGGUCAGAUUUUUGCAGGCGUAUGAGAGUAUACUUGCUGCUUUUGGCGUAGAGACGAGAGAACUGUACGGCGAAAGAGAGAAAGAGAAGCUGGAUGUUGCUGAACGCAUUGUUUAUAGGUUAUUUUGUGAGUUUUUCCUUCAAGACAAAACCCAGCUUGAAACGGGGGGGAAUGGUAAAAAUGCUAAUUAUCUGGUCUCGACAGGGAAUGAUAGGAACUAUGCGGGAAAUAGAGGAAGUGGAAGCGUGCCUUUAACGCGUGCCAAGGCGGAGAAUCAGGUAGUGGAUACGCAUACAAGUACCUCGCGGCUACUGAGAGUUACGGCAUCGGAAGUAGAUGCUAUAAAUGCGAUUGUGGAUGAAGCAUAUGAAGGUCUUCGUAUGGCCACUGGACCAGUGAUUGAUAAUAUACUUAACAAGGGUAAAAUUACUUCAACUAUUACAGAGGUAAGAGAAGUGAGAGAAGCGGUGGAUGGAAUGGAUCUAUUGGUAAAUGAAACCGCAAAUUCUACGCAUGCAAUUGUCGAGGAUGAUCUUUGCGUUGCUGAAAGACUAAAAACUAAUACCAGUGCCGAAAAAAGCCUGAUCAUUCCUCAAGUCACAGAAGUAGUUGAGGCACCCAUUGAGAUUGAUAUGCCGUUGGUGGGAUUCGUCAAAGAUGGAAGUCUGGAUGAAGAACCUACUAUUUUCGCAAACCAUGUAACCAAUAUCAUGGACGAGAAAAACCAGAUCUUCUCUACAAUUGCAGAAGUCACAGAAGCACCAAGAAGUUUUUCCCUGGCUAUAAGGUCCAAGUCGACUAGUGAUUAUACAGAUUCUCCUACAGUUGUUUCCAUCAAAUCAGAAACCGAUGCAUCUAUGGAAACCCUUUACGAACGAUGUAUGAAAAGUCCACAGAUCCUACUCCUCGGAAGAUGGGGCCGCGAGAGAUACAAUGAAUGGAAAAAAGAUAAUUCUGGAGCUCAAAACGAAAUCGCGAAACAAGAAACUUUUCGUCUGAUGGAAUUGAAACACCAACUCUUGCCGCUCAAAUCGGGAAAACGGCCUUACACCUAUAGCUUCACAUCAUUCACUCAAAACCAUAUAGAUUCUUCAGCUCUUCAGCUUUGGAGCUUUAACCCAGUUGAAAGAACCGAAGUACUUCUCAACGUCAAAUUGGUGUGGAAAUAUGAAGCAUUCAUUCUCAAGAGCAUCACUGUGGAACCGCUAAGCCUUGAUGACUUUGCUGCGGAUGAGACUAAAGGUCGCCAAGCACUGGAGAAUGCAUAUAAGUUCCUUGGAUUCUGGGACUGGUCGGUUCGAUCUCCUUGCAAGGGAGAGGCGAAAGCAAAACCUAUGCAUCAAAUUUGCUCGCAAUGGCUUGAUCCUAAUGAUAUGUUCCGCAAAGCUUAUUUCCAAAAGAGGUCAGUUUCUAAUACGUCGGAAAAUAUUAGAAGAAAUCAUGAGGGCAGUGGCAGUAGAAAUGUUGGAAGUUGGAGGGGAAAACGUACGGUUAGUGGUGCCAAUUAUAUUGGGGGGAAGAAAAGGUGUGUGAGUGGGAGUUGGUAUGGAGGGAAGAGGAGAAAGAUUAGUGGGCAUAGUGAUAUUGAGAGGAAUUAUGGGAGGAGAAAGAACUUGAGUCAAGGACGGCGGAUACUCAGAACAAAGACGGCAAUAGAGAUGUGGGAUGCUAGAGAGAAUUUCUGA